AUGAUGGCUUGGGGGUAUGCUUUUUCAAAGCCGCCUACGUUGAAUUGGCGUAGUGUUCGUGCCUCCUUUGCUCCGAGCAAGGUAGCUAAGACCUCCUCGACAUCGACUGCAAGUGCACUGGCCGCUGAGGCUAGCGCUGCAAGUGGCUCUGCUUCCGAAGACCCAAAGAUCACGCCAGGGCUCAACGAUGAAGCAGAACGUGGGCUGCACGAGUUGACGUCGGGCAAUGAUGGUGAGCAUGAUGCGUGUGCUAAAACUAGCUGGAACAGCGCAUCAUUCGAUGUGGACGAAGUUGCAGACAUCACCUUGCCGUUCUUCCGUGAUCUUCUUACCGAUAAGCUCGUCGCAGCAGUUGGUGGAACAUCGGCGACCACCGGAGGACUAAGUGAUGGCCCUCAACGCGGCACCAAACGAAAGAUAACCCGGUUUUUUUUCAAAAACCAAGCCCUAGAACACAUAGAGGGUGCAGACUGCGAUUCGAGUGACGUCGACCUCGUUGCGCGGGCUGUAAAGGCGCUGAUCAACCUCAAAGCACCACCAACCGCGACACUCGGACGCUUCGGCGGCGACACAAGCUCUAUUGUCCAUUCCUUCUUCUGCGGCUGGCUCCCGAACGCUAGUUAUCGGUCUGACCAGGAUUUCUUCAAUCACAUCCGGAACAUCUUUCAUUACCUGCGCAUGGACUUCCCAUGCGAUUUAUCGAGUUACGAUCGAUUCCUCUGUCUUUCCGACUUCAGCCCCGAUAAUUUCAAGAAAACUACGACGCCGGAUGGCCAGUCAGUCGUGGUGGCGUUGGAUUUUGGGGCGACAUGCUUCAUGCCACUUCCGUUCAUCGAGGUUGCGCUGAAGAAAGAUCGGGACAGCUUUCGCAGGUUGCUUAUCACGAAGCUCAAGGAGGAAGAAUACCCUCGAGGGGAGCCAGACCAUGUAGCGGCUUUACUCUCUGCCUCUGCUCAACUUGUUGGCUAUGGUAUGAAACCAAUCGCACUCCCGCAUGGCGUCAGCCGUAUAAUCAGCUCUCGUUGA